AUGCACGACGAGGGCGAGGCGAGAGCAAUGCCGGCGCGGCCCGCGCCGCCGUCGCCACCCCCGUGGGAGGCGCUCCCCCUCGUCGCGCCCUUCCUCGACGCGGCGUCCCUCGCGGCGGCCUCCUGCGUGUCCACCUCGUGGCACGCCGCCUUCGCCGCGGACUACCUCUGGGCGCGGCUGUGCGUGCAGCACUUCCCCUCCGCGCUGAGCCUCCUCCCCGACACCGACAGCAGCGCCGCCGGCAGCGACGACGACCGGCGGUGCUCGUCCUCUCCGCACCGGCGCCUGUUCAAGCUGUUCCGCUCCGCGUCCGUCCGCUGCCGCGCGCUCCCGGCCCCGCCCCUCGCCCUCGCGGACGUCUCCUUCGCCGUCGACAUCGUCACGGCCGGCGGCGACAGCACGCUGUCGUUCCUGGUCGCCGCGGACAGGGCCGCCCCCGCCCAUGUCAAGAACUCCGCGGGGCUGUUCCUGUUCGGGGUCGACCUGAGCGACCGGAACGCGGCGAUCGGGCCGGGGGAGUGGCGCGUCAGGUGGACGGCGGUGCGGACGACGGCGCGCCGCGGGGAGGAAGAGGAACCCGCGGCGGCGGUCCUGAUGAUGGACGCCAAGGUGCCGGCUGCAAGGGCGGCGGGCGCCGUCGCCUUCGGCGGCAGAGGCGAGGCGGGGGUCGCCGCGAGGCUGCCCGCGCCUGGCUGCGGCGGCGCGAAGCUGGACGCGGAGGUGGUCGUGGAGCUGGCUGGGGAGGAGAUGGUGGUGGAGAAGGUGAGGCUCGGAGUGAUGCGCGAGUGUCGGUACGUGUGCGCCGACGAGGGGCUCCGAUAUCUGCAGCAUUUCCUCCUGUAA